CGGCUGGAGGUGAUAUCACCGGCACUUCUACAUCCUCAGCGACCUUGUUGAGUAAUCAUACCUAGUAAGCUUCUUGAUGUGAGUUCUGUUUUGCAGCGAGAUGUAUUUUCUCAUAAUAUUCCCCUUCGGAUCAGUCACGCAAUAGGAACCUUGUCGUUGUUGCUGUUGUACAUGCCAUACAUAGCUCGCAGCCGACUACGAGAGCUGUCAUCAUGGGAGGCAAAGUAGAAUGUUAUCUCGACAUCGCGUCGUACUACUGCUAUAUCUUAUUCAUCCAGCUGCAGCAGAACAAGGAGCUAUUGAAACAGAACGAAAUCGAAAUAAUAAUCCACCCUUACAUGCUCGGUGCCAUCAACGUUGGAUCCGGCAAUCGUCCGCCAUGGACGGUCCCAGCAAAAGCGGAAUAUGGAAACCACACCACGCGGCGGGCCGCUGCUAAUGUAGGGCUGAAGAACUUGACGGUCCCAGAGGGACUGAUGGAGAAAGGCAAGACGGUAGUACCAAUACGCGCCCUAACAUAUAUAAAGUCCACAUUCGCACCAGAAGUCUUCAAGACCACAUUCGCCUAUUUCUUCCACGCUUUCUGGACCCUUGAAAAAAUCCCAAUCACUCCCCCGGUGUUGAAGGAGGUCUUAUCCGAGGUGCCCCUGCGCUUCCACCUCGACUGCUUCAACUCCCCUUCCUCACCGUCUCACUCACCCGUAUCUAGUUCCUAUUCCUCCCCCGAGAAACUCUUCACUCCUGAACAAGUCGACCAGAUCAUGCACGGCAUCGGCACGGAAGCAGUGAAGACCGAGGUGAAGGGAAGGGUCGACGAGGCCCUGGCGCGCGGCGCAUUUGGAGCCCCUUGGCUCUGGGUCACGAACCACCAGGGCCUCAGUGAACCCUUCUGGGGCAGCGAUGUAUGGAACUUUGUGUACGAGUUUUUAGGGGCUCCCUAUCAGAAAAUGCAGUUGUUGCCACCGCAAAACGGCAGCAAGCUUUAGGGUUGGAUAUUCGGUACCUUGUUGAAUUAGCGCACAAACACAAAAUGAGCGAGCAGGCGUAGUGAUCCAGUA